AUGGUUUCUAGUCUGCGAAGAGUGAAAACGGUUCAUUCGAGGCGAGGAAGGCCCAAGAAACUGGAUCAGGCCCAAAUUGACAGAAUUGUUAAUGCAUUUGAGGAGCUCAAAGCUAGCUCUUGGGAGGAACUGGCACGUGAAUUUGGCAUUGAUGAUGUCCACUUGCAAACUUUGCAAAAUAGUGUGACAAAUGAAGGCUAUUGCAAAAGUAUGGGAUUUCAUGGGCUAUGGUUGACAGUGGAGGCUCGGAAAGCACGCCUUGACUUUGCCUGUUUUUAUCAAAGUUGGGAAAUUGAAUAG